UUGCUGCAGAAAUAGCUGCGGCGAGGUGGGAGUCGGGGCAUUCACACACGAGCGAGGCAGGAGGUGGAGGAAGACUCCCGGGAACCCGUGGCACUAGCAUUCCCCGACCGGCUCCUGCAGAGGGAAGCCCCCGGGGGAAUUCCGCCCGCGGAGCAGCGUUGCAGGGGCGUGAGGCUGACGGGUCGGUGAGAAUCGAGCCCCCUUGUCCCGGGGAACACGUGCAGCUGGUUUUGACUCGGUCGCUGCUGGGCUCCCCUCCCCUCAGGGCAGUGUCCCGGCCUUACUUUGCAAUCACUGCGUGAGCAGAAGCCUUAAGACUAGCGUGUAAAGACAUCAGGUGCUGCCGCGUCCGGGCCCGCUUGUAAAAAGAAAAAAAAAAAAAAAAAAGCCCCAUUUUUAUUCUCUUUCCCGUGCAUCUCUCCACCAAGCCGGACACGGAGCGCAAACCGACCUGGGUUGUAAAAAUGCCCAUGGAGCUGACGCAAAGCCGGAUCCAGAAGAUUUGGCUCCCCCAUGAUAACCACCCUGCGCUGCCCCGCAGAUCCUGCGGGCCGCAGCUUACCAAUUCCCCCACUGUGAUCGUUAUGGUUGGCCUUCCAGCUCGGGGGAAGACUUACAUCUCCAAGAAGCUGACUCGCUACCUCAAUUGGAUUGGUGUCCCAACAAAAGUUUUCAACGUGGGAGAGUAUCGCCGGGAGGCGGUGAAGCAUUACAGCUCCUAUGACUUCUUCCGCCCUGACAAUGAGGAGGGCAUGAAUGUCCGGAAACAAUGUGCCUUAGCUGCCUUGAGAGACGUCAAAUUGUACCUGUCGGCGGAAGGUGGCCAGAUCGCGGUUUUUGAUGCUACCAAUACAACAAGGGAGAGAAGAGGAAUGGUCUUAAACUUUGCCAAAGAAAAUGGGUUCAAGGUGUUCUUCAUUGAAUCUGUUUGCAAUGACCCAUCCGUGGUUGCCACCAAUGUUAUGGAAGUUAAAUUGUCCAGCCCGGAUUAUAGGGACUGCAACUCAACCGAUGCCAUGGAAGACUUUAUGAAGAGAAUCAAUUGUUACCAGGCCAGCUACCAGCCGCUUGACCCAGAUAACUAUGACAGGGACGUGUCUCUGAUCAAAGUGAUCGAUGUUGGCCGGAGGUUCCUGGUGAACAGGGUCCAGGAUCACAUCCAGAGCAGGAUUGUCUAUUACCUAAUGAACAUCCAUGUCCAGCCCCGCACCAUUUAUCUGUGUCGACACGGCGAGAGCGAAUUCAACCUCAAAGGGAAGAUUGGAGGCGACUCUGGUCUCUCCAAUAGGGGCAAGAAGUUUGCCAUUGCAUUGAACAAAUUUGUUGAGGAGCAGAACCUGAAGGACCUCAAAAUCUGGACCAGCCAACUCAAGAGGACAAUCCAAACGGCAGAAGCCCUCAAGCUGCCCUAUGAACAGUGGAAGGCGCUCAACGAAAUCGAUGCCGGUGUAUGCGAAGAGAUGACUUACGAAGAGAUCAAGGAGAAGCACCCGGAGGAGUUUGCUUUACGCGAUCAGGACAAAUACUAUUACCGCUACCCUUCUGGAGAGUCGUACCAAGAUCUGGUGCAGCGCCUGGAGCCAGUCAUCAUGGAGCUGGAGAGGCAGGAGAACGUCCUUGUGAUCUGUCACCAGGCUGCGAUGCGGUGCCUUCUGGCUUAUUUCCUAGACAAGAGCGCGGCUGAAAUGCCCUACCUGAAAUGCCCCCUUCACACGGUGCUGAAGCUGACACCUGUGGCCUAUGGUUGCCGAGUGGAGUCCAUCUGUCUGAACGUCGAAGCGGUGAACACUCACAGAGACCAGACAGAGGAAGCAAAGAAGGGACCUAACCCGCUCAUGAGACGUAAUAGUGUUACCCCUCUAGCAAGCCCAGAGCCCACCAAAAAACCUCGCAUCAACAGCUUUGACGAGCAUGUGGCUUCUUCUUCUGCUGUCCUGCCAGUCUGUAUGCCCCAAGAGGUGCCCACGCAGCUGCCUGGACAACCUUUGCUAGGGAAGGCGUGUCUACGAACUGUGUAUCACUUCCUUAAAGUUUUCUCUUUACUAAUAUUUCCAAGAACAUGAACAGCUCCCAGAAGCAAUCAUGAUUUCUUCAGGGCCGUUGGAAGCCUACAGAUGACGCCGAUUCCAUUUCAUCGUCAUUUCUGAUGUUUGCUUGUAUCGUACUCCUCCAUUCGACUCGAGGUCGACCCUUGGCUGCUUCUACCAUAGCUGUUUGUCUGCCGACUGGACUGUAUUGAGUUGGGGGGAGAGAGAGAGAGAGAAGAGCUCAUCAACCUGGAAAAAGUGGAUUCAACAACCAAUCCAUAGGCCAUCUCUUUUUGUGUCUCCUUGGGUGUUCGAUAUAUCCUAGCAAGCUGUAAAGUGCUUUUAGUGCACUGAGUUGCUGGACUUUAUUUUUGUGUGUAAGCGACAUGACCUUGUAGAGAUGGCUGGUACUGCCCGUCUCCUCCCGUUCGUGUGUAUAUAUGUGGAGGAGACCGGGUGUGCAGAGAAGUCCAAAAGUGGAAGGGUGUCUUUAAUUCCUCCGUGCACUGGGCACUCCUUAUUGGUACCGGCGAUGUCCUGUGACACGCACGCAGCCAGUCUCUUCGCGGCACGUGACCUGACGGCAGAGGCAGUUGGGUGACAGCUUUGGCUGUUCAAGCAGAACUCUACAGCUGCGUUUAACAAAACAACCAUUCUAUAGCUCUGUAAAUAUCAAAGGGAUCUGCCGGGUGUGUACAUCUGCUUCUGAGACAAAUGGAAUCUGCUUUUAGCCUCGACCUGAGAUGCCCUGGCUGAGGGGAGAUGGUUUGAGCUACUUGCUGACUUGACGUGGCAGGAAGGCUUGGAUUGGGGGGAAGCCCCACCUUCCUGUUGUUUGGAUGAGGGUGGGGGAGGGGAGGAGCACAGGCCUAUGUGCUCCAAGAGGCGUUUCCUUGUAAUUAAUCUCCGCACCCUCCACUUCCCAGAGGUUUUUACCCUGCACUUGAGCAGGAUUUACUGUUCUAAAGUAGGUGUCUGUGCUAGGCCAGGUGGGUUUGGCAGACACACAACUCUCUUGGGGAUGCAUGGAGGUCUGACUGUCCGUGAAGAGCAAGUUCUUUUGUGUGUGUGGAAAAAUCCACAUUCAGAGGCAUUUAAACAAUAGUUUCUUUUUAUAAACUGCUUGUUUUUGCACUUUACAUGUGGCAGGGGUGUGACUUCCCCCUUCCCCCCCUCCAAUCCUGCCUCUUACAGAAGAAGCCUAGAUACUUGGAUUCUGUACUGCGUGAGCUGAAAGAUUAAGACUGCAAAGCAGUGGGUAGUUACAGUAUUAGCGGUGGGGAGGGGAAGAGGGUGGGUGUGAGGUACUAAUUUAUGGACUAGUCGUAGGGACUGGCCAACUUCCAGUUGUUCUGUAUGUGAGUCUCUUCUUGACCGUCCGUUCUGUGUUUGAAGUUAAGGGGUUUAAGCCCAAGAAUAACCACUACUGUGUCAUUUGUGCAGAAGUUUGUGUGCGCUUGUGUUAUCCUUGUACAGGAUUUUCUCCCACCCGGCCUCACUCCAGAAGUGGGGAGAGGAGGAGAAGAAUAUUGAAGUAGUGUCUCGUUUUUCCUUGGCCUGCCAAGCCCUAAAUCUUGGCUAGUACCCGUGCUCUCUUUUGACCCCGCCGCAUGGUCUCUCCGGUGCGCAAGCGCUGAGCCAAAAAGCAGAGUGGAGCUCAAGCAAUACAUUAUUGUCUUAACGGUUUAAAGUGCAGCUGAAUCGUAUGCUGAAAGGAUGUACCCUCUACAGUCCAUUAGCAAAGCGGGCGGGGGUCCGGAGCUGUCAGCGUUGUGCUGGGAGUUCUCCACUCUUGUUCGUUUUAUUUCUUCGUAUUCGCUCUUGCUUCAGGUAACGGUUAGCAGGUGAGGUUCCUGCAGAGGGGAGCAGAAAGCUCUGGUGAAAUGUGGUUACUUCUUUGGAAAGGUGAACCGCAGUGCCUAGUGCUUUAGUCUUGCACAGUGAAAAUGCUUUGUACAUUUGUACGUUUUAAAGCAGCACCAGGGAAGGGCCGGUAGCGGCUCUCUCAGCCCAUAUCUGACCAUUGAAGAUAUUUUUCUUGGUGACCUGCCAACGUGAGGUUUGUUUAUAUACCGCUAUUCUUGUAAAGAUGAAGUGGAAGAAUUUUUUUGUUUUUUGAAUAGCUGUGAUAAAUGCAGAGUUCCCUUUUUGCCUGUGUGUUUUAUGUCUGCCAUUUAGUUCCUUCGUUUUAGAGAGACUAAUUUGUAGAGAGUGAGUGACCUAUCUUUUGGACUGCUUCCUGAGGAGUUCAAGUUUCUCCCCCUGCUACGGAAAGAUAACGCAGCAAAUGCAAACAUUUAGGGCCCGUGAUCCAUUUGACACACACCCAAACUUCAAAACAAACUUUAUCUCCCGUUCCGAAAAUAACUUCAUAUUGGUGGGGCCUACAAAAAAUGUGAAUCUGUCCGAAAAGGAGUGUGUUUAGUUGAAAGGGAAAGUGGUGGAAUAUCGCUUCAAACCAAUCCCCCGAGGCAAAGAGGUGGUGGCUUGGAGGAGGAGUUAGGCAAGCAAAGGGGCUUGCUGGGAUUGGUUCUGUCCAUCGUGUUCCCCUGGAAACUUGACACCCAUUCUCCUAUUUCUAUAAACAGCAAAUACUGGGCAUGGACCGUGCCAUUAUAACACAGGGUGGGUGGGCAGAAGGGGCUAACUGAACCACACCAAUGACUUUUUGUUUGUUUGUUUUUGUGAUACUUGAAUUUAUUUUUUUAUAAUUUUAUAGCGAAGUGCUGUUUAUUUAUUUAAUGUAUGCUGCAGAGCUUGGAGAGAAGGGUAGGUCUUUUGGGGUUUAUUUGAUUUUGACUUACGAUAUGUUACUUGUAUUCUGUAUAUAUGUCUGGAAUAAUUGCCUGAGAUGAAAGCUGUGCCAGUUUAAGAACAGGGUAUGCCUUUCAGAAAUUUGUAUAUUUUGCAGCUGCUGGACCAAUAAAAUACCUUGUUGAAAUAGA